UUCCUGGAUAUGGAAAGCUUAUUCUGAUCUGCUGUGCUACGUGUCCACGUUGCACUGUGUCGUCUACGUGGAAAGGCGGGGCUUGGGUUUGACUGACAGCAACCUCAGUGUGAUGUGGAAGCUGUGACCCUACAGUACAGAGUCAAUAGUCAACAUUACUGAUACAAAGAAGAAAUGAUUAAGAAAUUCGACAAAAAGGACGAGGAGUCUGGAAGUGGCUCUAACCCUUUUCAACAUCUGGAGAAAAGUGCUGUUCUUCAAGAGGCUCGUAUUUUUAAUGAAACUCCAAUAAACCCCAGAAGAUGUCUUCAUAUCCUCACAAAGAUUAUUUAUCUCCUGAACCAGGGUGAGCAUUUUGGAACAACAGAAGCUACAGAAGCAUUUUUUGCUAUGACCAGGCUGUUUCAGUCAAAUGAUCAAACACUGAGAAGAAUGUGCUACCUGACUAUAAAAGAGAUGGCAAACAUCUCGGAGGAUGUGAUCAUUGUCACAAGCAGUUUGACCAAGGAUAUGACAGGAAAGGAAGAUGUCUACAGGGGCCCUGCGAUCCGAGCUCUUUGCCGUAUUACUGAUACCACCAUGCUGCAAGCAAUAGAGAGAUACAUGAAACAGGCCAUUGUGGAUAAAGUGCCCAGUGUGUCAAGCUCUGCGUUGGUUUCCUCAUUGCAUAUGGUGAAGAUGAGUUAUGACGUUGUUAAACGUUGGGUGAAUGAGGCUCAGGAGGCUGCCUCUAGUGACAACAUGAUGGUGCAGUACCAUGCAUUAGGUCUUCUAUACCACCUGAGAAAAAAUGACCGCCUGGCUGUGUCGAAAAUGUUGAACAAAUUUACCAAGUCUGGCCUGAAGUCCCCGUUUGCAUACUGUAUGCUGAUACGUAUUGCCAGCAGACUGCUGGAAGAGACAGAUGGAGGACAUGACAAUCCUUUGUUUGACUUCAUUGAGAGUUGCCUGCGGAAUAAGCAUGAGAUGGUGGUAUACGAAGCAGCUUCUGCCAUUGUACAUCUUCCCAAUUGCACAGCAAGGGAGCUUGCACCUGCUGUCUCAGUGCUCCAGCUGUUCUGUAGCUCUCCAAAAGCAGCUCUGAGAUAUGCAGCAGUUAGGACUCUUAAUAAGGUGGCGAUGAAACACCCAUCAGCAGUAACAGCCUGUAACUUGGACUUGGAGAAUCUAAUUACAGACUCAAACCGCAGCAUUGCUACCCUGGCAAUCACCACCCUGCUGAAAACAGGCAGCGAGAGCAGUGUGGACAGGCUUAUGAAACAGAUCUCAUCCUUUGUGUCUGAAAUAUCAGAUGAGUUUAAGGUGGUUGUAGUGCAGGCAAUCAGUGCACUCUGUCAGAAAUACCCCCGCAAGCACAGUGUGAUGAUGAACUUCCUCUCCAACAUGCUCAGGGAUGAUGGUGGAUUUGAGUACAAGCGUGCUAUUGUGGACUGCAUUAUAAGUAUCAUUGAGGAGAACCCAGAGAGUAAGGAAACUGGCCUUGCUCACCUGUGCGAGUUCAUAGAAGACUGUGAGCACACUGUUCUGGCCACCAAGAUCUUGCAUAUGCUGGGCAAGGAAGGACCGAGGACCCCCACGCCUUCCAAAUACAUCCGCUUCAUUUUUAACAGGGUUGUUCUUGAGAGUGAAGCUGUACGAGCAGCUGCUGUGAGUGCUUUGGCUAAGUUUGGAGCUCAGAAUGAUGACCUUCUGCCCAGUGUGCUUGUUCUUUUACAGAGGUGUAUGAUGGACAGUGAUGAUGAAGUACGUGACAGAGCUACAUUCUAUAUGAAUGUGCUCUUGCAGAAACAAAAAGCACUGAAUGCAGCCUACAUUUUCAAUGGUUUGUCUGUAUCUGUCCCUGGCUUGGAAAAAUCUCUACAUCAAUACACUCUUGAGCCCACAGAAAAGCCAUUUGAUAUGAAAACUGUUCCUCUGGCUUCUGCACCAAUUAAUGAACAGAAAACAGAAAUUGCCACAGUGGUUACCAGUAAAAUGCCAGAGAAAGUGGGUCCAUCUCGUCAAGACAUAUAUCAAGAACAACUGGCAGCCAUACCUGAAUUUAAGGCCCUGGGUCCUCUGUUCAAAUCUUCUGAUCCAGUUCAGCUCACAGAGGCGGAGACGGAGUACGUGGUUCGCUGCAUAAAACACACUUUCACAAAUCACAUGGUAUUUCAGUUUGACUGUACAAAUACCUUGAAUGAUCAGCUUCUACAGAAAGUUAUGGUGCAGAUGGAACCUUCGGAAGCUUAUGAAGUGGUCCAUUAUGUUCCGGCACUUGAUUUACCAUAUAGCCAGCCUGGGUCAUGUUACACUCUUGUCAGACUGCCUGAUGAUGAUCCCACUGCAGUUUCUUGUACGUUCAGCUGCACAAUGAAGUAUUUAGUACGGGACUGUGACCCAAACACCGGGGAGCCAGAUGAAGACGGUUACGACGAUGAAUAUGUGUUGGAAGACCUAGAGGUAACUGUGGCUGACCACAUACAGAGGGUCUUAAAACCCAACUUUGGAGCUGCAUGGGAAGAAGUGGGAGAUGAAUUUGAAAAAGAAGAAACAUUUGCUCUUGCUUCUGUAAAAACUCUUGAAGAGGCUGUCGGUAACAUUAUUAGCUUCCUGGGAAUGCAGCCAUGUGAAAGAUCAGACAAGGUCCCAGAGAACAAAAACUCACAUGUGCUCUUCCUUGCAGGUGUUUUCAGAGGUGGCCAUGACGUGUUGGUGCGCUCCAGGCUUGCUCUAGCUGAUGGAGUCACAAUGCAGGUGACAGUGCGGAGCACAGAAGAGACCGCAGUAGAUGUCAUCCUUGCUUCUGUUGGCUAAACCUGUUUCGGUACCUGCUACUGUGUACGUUUCCGACCAAAACCAUUUUUUAUAAGAAAAUCGGUGACCCCUGCAUAAAACAGUGGUUUCAGUUAAUCCCUUUAUUAGGUAUAUAUCUGUGUUGUAGAAAAUUACCUUGCAUGUUUAAUGUGUUGACAGCUUAACUAAAUGUACUUUCUCAUUUACAUUAUUUUGGGUCAAUAAAACGGUAAUAAUUCAA